AUGCACCCCGGCGUCGCCACGGCCUUCUUCGUGGACUGUUGGCUCAGCGCCGAGGUUAUCUCUCUUGUCAUACCCCGCGCGUCGCAAAGUGCCGAUGUCGACGUGAUGCUCCUCGCGUUCAUGUAUCUCUCUCGGACCGUCUGGUUUGCCUACGCUACCGUGUGCUUGACCGCGAGUUAUCUCAAGCGACAUCACAAGGAGCACCUGUUUUACGAAGUAGACCCGACCAUUAUCGCGGUGGUGACGACUUUCUAUGGUCCUGCCGUAACGUGGGCCAUGGGCAACGUCGGACCUCUUCUUGGCGCGUACCACUACCUCUUUGAGUUUACCCUUUCGGCGUCGAGAAGAGAGUACGUCGUUGAAGGCUCUGUCCCGUCCAUGCUCUAUUCAGUCAGUAUUGGGUUCAUUCCGCUCGUCUAUGGCUUUGUGGGCGCGUUGUGUCGCCGCCACCGUACACGUCAGUUGCUCGUUCAUCUUCUUCGACCUCUUCACUCCUACUGCUGA